GAGCGAUGUCACCAACGCACUGUCCAGGGACGAGUAAGCGGAAAAAACUUGGUGGAUUUCGUCAGGAACAAUACUCUCAAUCUCAGGCUUUACCGCAUUAUGCCCCUUUAGUUGUCUCCCUCUCUUUCCGCAACUCAUCGUCCGUAGUGAUUCCAACGUAAGGCAUAUGCAUGAGGUGCCCUCUCUUUGACUGAACAGUCUCAACUUGGGCUUCGUUCAUUUACCACCCAUUAUUUUUUCAUCCACUUCUCAGCAUGCGGUUGCAAUAAUACCGUUCUUUCCGGAUUAUAUAAUUGGCUCAAAUAUUUUCGCCCGUGGGGAUGCACAGAGGUACACUGACAGAUGUGACAGACUGACAGAUGGGCCAUUCAGUAGGUUCUGCGUUGUAACAUUACGAGUAUCUUUCGAUUUAUUUGC